UUGUGUUUGAAGAAGUUGUAGAUUUUACUUUUAUUUAGUUAACAAUUAUUGUUAAGAAUAAUGUCUCGGAUAAACAGACCAGGUAAAAAGAAUGCCUUAUUACAACGUAAGGAAAAGCUUUUAGAAGAGUUGAGAUUAUGUGACAAACAAAUUGAGGAAGCUAAACAAAAUCAAACAAACAAUAAUUUAAAGUAUGAAGACAGCUCCGAUUCCGAUACAGAGAUAUCAUUACAUAUAGAGAAAGGUAAAUCAUUACCGAGUUUAGUAAGGAAGAAAUCAGCGUUACAGACGCGUUGUAAUGCAACAGCGGAGCUCACUGGUCUCGAAGUGCUGGAGUCAACUGUGAAUAUCUUAACUGAGAGUCCAGAGUUAAAUGGAGAGCCGCCAGUGACCGAAGAAGGGGUAUGGCAUGAAGUUAUUGCGGAAUGCAAAGUGGAUUUAAUACCAUUUACUAUAUCAUUCUAUGUACAUCAACCAAAUCGUAGCUUUGGUCAGCCAUUUUACAGAUGUCUUCAAAUUGUCGCAUCAAAACAGGCUAAUGAAAGAGAACUAACUAACUCUGUGCUAAGUAAAAUGAUUACUCCAAGUGAUGCUUUUGAGGUGUUAAAAAGUUAUGCAGCGACAUAUAGGUCUCGGCGGAGCACACUCGCUCGUCUCGCGGAAAUGUAUGGAGAUGAUUUAUUUAUGACCCCAUUGUCAGAAGGCGGCUAUCAGCUGCAAUGCGCAAACGUUCUAGAACUUUCUUGGACGUUGGAGAGUAAACCUUCGACUGUCGCUUACUUCAGACAUCGUAUGAAACUCAGCUUGGAGUAUAUGGAUGAAACAUCUCUUAAAAUAAUAACACAAGCAAACAAAGAAAUGUCAAAUCCAUCAGUUGACACAGAAGAGAGGACGUUACUCCUAUCUAAGAUCAUCAGCACAUGUCUCAAAGCUCAGGAAGGAACUUCAGGAUCUGAACCAUCCAAGGUCCAGAAGAGACCUAACGAUGGAGAUCUUCCAGUACCAAAGAAGAAUAAAACAAACGAAGUUAUGGGACCACCGACGGCAUUCCCAAAGAAAAGCAAAAUUAAAGGCAAAGAGAAUAAUGAUAAUCGUUCAUCCAAUAAAACUGCAGAUAAACCUAAGAAAAGUAAUGAAAAUCACAAAGAUACUAACGUAUUAGAAAAAGCUAGAAAUUCUAAAGUGAAAGAUCCAACAAAAGUAUCUAAUAAAGAUAAUAAGAAUAUGAAAAAACCAACUAAAGAAUCUAACGAAGAAGUUGUUAACAAAACUAAAGAUAAAUUAAAUAAAGCCACAAUGAAACCAGAUUUAGUUGAUAAUUCAAAAAACAAAUUACAAAAAACGGACAAAACGAAUGUACCAAAUAAAGAAAAUAUCGAAAAACCAAAAAAAGAUGAAGAAACCAAACAAAAAGGUAAGAAACUCCCAGAAAAGAACUCAACUAACAAAGAGAAUGUAACAAAAAUCGAAGAAAUCAAGAAUUCUCAAGAAACUAAAAAUAUUAACAAAGAAAUGCCACAAACAAAAAGGAUUAAUUUAAAACCAAGCAUAAAAAAGAAUGAAAUAAACAAACACUCAGAUAUAAAAUCUAGCAACACUGAAAUAAUCAAACCAAUUAAUAAAAGAUUUAAUAAUAUUAAUAAAGAGAAAAUUUUGCAGACGAAAAUACCAAUGAAAAUGAACGCAUACAGGAUGAGCCCAAGGACAAAUGUGAAGAAUGUGACGUCAUCAGCGAGUCUACAGAAAAUCAACAAGACAACUAAUAUAGCCAGGUUAGUAAAGAAACCAUCAGGAAAAAAAAUAUUAUAAUGGUAAAACAGUAUUUAAUUAUUAAUAAUGUAUUUGUCAAACUUAUUCUGUU